GCGCGGGGACGCCGGGCAGAUGCGCGCGCGGUGCGCGGGCGCAGGCUGGUCGUCAGGGACGCAGGCCCGGCGCCCCGAGCCAAGGGGACGCGCGGCUCCCCCGCACAUGCUGGACGGGUUCCAAAGGCGGCGAAUCCUGCAGAUGGGGAGCAGAACAUGGUAGAAACAGAUGCCUUCUUUAAAAGGGACACAUUUGACCCAGCGGAGGAGUACAAAAUGGACCACAGGAGGAGAGGGAUCGCCUUGAUCUUCAAUCACGAGUGGUUCUUCUGGCACUUAAGGCUUCCAGAGAGACGGGGCACCAAUGCAGACCGGGACAGGCUCACCCACAGGUUUAAAGAGCUAGGCUUCGAAGUGAAGUGCUUUAACAACCUUAAAGCAGAAGAACUACUGCUCAAAAUUCAUGAGGCGUCCACCUGCAGCCAUGCAGAUGCUGAUUGCUUCGUGUGUGUCUUCCUGAGCCAUGGCGAAGGCAAUCACAUUUAUGCCUAUGAUGCAAAAAUUGAAAUCCAGACAUUAACUGCCUUGUUCAAAGGAGACAAGUGUCCAAGCCUGGUGGGGAAACCCAAGAUAUUCAUCAUUCAGGCCUGUCGGGGAGACAAACAUGACGAGCCCGUCAUCCCAAUGGAUGUGGUGGAUCAUGAGAAAGGGGGACAGGAGAGCAACAUGACAGAGGUGGACGCGGCCUCGGUCUACACCUUGCCUGCUGGAGCUGACUUCCUCAUGUGCUACUCUGUGGCUGAAGGAUAUUAUUCUCAUCGGGAAACUGUGAAUGGCUCGUGGUACAUUCAGGAUUUGUGUGAAAUGUUGGGAAAAUACGGAUCCUCCUUGGAGUUCACAGAACUCCUCACACUGGUGAACAGGAAAGUCUCUCAGCGCCGGGUGGACUUCUGCUUAGACCAAAAUGCCAUUGGGAAGAAGCAGGUCCCUUGCUUUUCCUCAAUGCUAACUAAGAAGCUGCACUUCUUUCCCAAAGCUAGCAACUAGGGGCUGUUUUGUCUCAUGAUGUGUGUCCAAAAUGUUUCCCUUUCUGUCACCAGCAAUUGAGAUGUUUUAAGGUUUAGUAUUCAACAGGGAACUUCAUGGAUAGCCCAUGGUGGAUAUGGACUUAAGGGUUUGAUAUACAAAUAGAAAAAUAAAUACUCAGGACAUUCCCAGGAAAGACUACCAGCAUUUGAAUACUUAAUCUUCUUAGUAAACUUUAGUACUACCCAGUUUUGCCCUAACACUUGAUAAUUAUAUUUUAUUAAAAUUUUUUUUAAUUCA